UCAUCUCUGUUUUUCCUCUUCUUCUUGACCUCUCUUCAGCCUCACAAUGGGUGAAUCCACACCACUCUGCUCUUGUCUCUUCCUCAUGUUCCUCCUUUCUGUGACACUCUUCUUCUUCCAUGGUGAAUCAACCCAAUUCAACCAAGGUGAGAAUCCAUGGCUUGAAGAAGAGAAAGAUGAUGAUGUUAACAUGGUUCAGAGUCAGUGGGGUUCUCCCAAGAGUUGUGACAUGUCUAUUGGCAAAUGGGUUUAUGAUUCAUCUUACCCUCUUUAUGAUUCAACUUGCCCUUAUCUUAGUUCUGCAGUUAGUUGUCAAAAAAAUGGAAGGCCAGAUUCAGACUAUGAAAAAUGGAGGUGGACGCCUCAAGGCUGUACAAUUCCUAGGUUUAAUGCGUUGGAGUUUCUUGGGAAGAUAAGGAGGAAGAGGAUAAUGCUUGUGGGUGAUUCCAUAGUCAGGAAUCAAUGGGAGUCUCUUGUUUGCCUUGUUGAAUCAGUCAUUCCAACUGAGAGAAAGAUUGUAACCUACACUGGUCCAACCAUGGCCUUCCACCUCUUGGAUUUUGAAACAUCGAUUGAGUUUUGCUGGGCUCCAUUCCUGGUGGAAUUGCAGAGGGGAGGACCUCAGAACAAAAGGAUUCUACAUUUGGAUUCUAUUGAAGAGAACGCAAGAUUCUGGAGAGGUGUUGAUAUUCUUGUGUUUGAUUCAGCUCACUGGUGGACACAUGCCAGUGAUUCAAGCACGUGGGAUUUUUUGAUGGAGGGGAACAAAAUGUUUACAGAGAUGAACCCAAUGGUUGCUUAUGAGAAGGGACUCACCACCUGGGCUAGAUGGGUAGAUCUAAACCUAGAUCCUCGACAAACCCAGGUCAUUUUCAGAAGCGUUUCGCCUCGACAUAACAGAGAAAAUGGUUGGAAAUGCUACAAUCAAAGAGAGCCUAUGGAGUACUUGAAUCACCACCAAGUUCAUGUUCCAGGACAAGUGAAAAUACUUGAAGGGGUUCUGAAACAGAUGAGAUUUCCAGUAUACUUGCAAGAUAUCACAACAAUGUCAGAGCUUCGAAGGGAUGGUCAUCCAUCUGUGUAUGCCAGAGCUUUGGAUCCGCAGGAGAGACAGCACCCAAGAGACUACACCUCUGACUGUAGCCAUUGGUGCCUUCCUGGAGUUCCUGAUAUCUGGAAUGAAAUGUUGAAUGCAUUAAUUUAGCUUAGCUUU